GUUUAGCACAGACUUCUGCUUAUGGAAGAGAGAGGAGCAUUCUGUCCAAAGUAUGAAGAAAGAUGUGUUUGGGUUGAGAGGUGCUGUGUCAAGGAGUCAAUAAACAGAGUUGGGUAUUUAUUGAAACCAGUUAUGUUCCUUCCUCCUUCUCCGGCCCCUCCCUGGGCCUUUUUCGGAGCUGACCAUUUGUGGAACAGGAAACGUCAGAGCUCUGAACUGCUGCGGGCCCCUGCAUACUGCAAUGAUUUCCUUUCAGGCUGUCCCGUUAUCUUUUAGCUGGCAGGACGUCCCCCUCCCUCCUUCCCUCCCUGCUCUGAAACCCCUCUCUCUGCCUUUCCCUCACCCUUAUUUCUCUUAAACACACACGCACACACUUUACUGCCAAAAAAGUCCAUCCUCCGCCCCCCUCCCCAGCUAACUUCCUUCCAGCAUUUCCUGAGCUGGAUAAUCCCAGGAUUUGUAAAAACAGGGGAAAGGGGAAAGCGGGAGAGAGUGCCUUAAUGUAGGAAACCCGUUGCUUGUUCUACCAACAUUGUCUGAUGGUUGCAACAAAAAGAGGGCUUUAAAAAGCAGAGGUUCGCAGACUUGUCUGGUUCUCUUUUUUCUGCCACUUUGUAUUUCUUUCUUUCUCUUUUUACAAGUUCAUGGAAGAAAGGAUUUGGAGUGUCUGCUAACUGAAGGAUCCAACAAGAUCUAGCUUGAUUUAACCUGAUUGGCAAUUUAAUUUGGCUUUGGAUUUCCUGCGACCCAACAGCCAGGAAGUGAGAACCUCAGCUAACAUCUGCCCCUGGGUUGCCGGUUUCAUUGGAGGCAUUGGUUCACCACCAUCCACCUCCCUCUUUGGAGAACCCUUCUGAACUUGGGCUAUGAUCUCUCUGCUGCUGCCUGCUGGAGAUCUCCGUAUUGUCCUGACCUCUCCCUUCUGCGACAGCCGUAGCUGCAGCAGCUUAACAUCUGGUGGGGAUUAAUGUUGCUAUAUCCAGCUGGAAGUUCUUCUGGACUUUUGAUGUCGCUGACCGGAAACGGGACACGGGCAACGAGGGUCUGAGGAGAAGGGGGAGCUUUGCACUUGUUUAGUGCAAAACGAGGGGGGUGGGGGGAAAGGAAGGAGGGAGCAAACCUCUUUUUGGAACUAACUCAUGAAGAACAAGGGAGGAAAGCCGAAACUCAAGAGAAAAGGAGCCACAAACGUCUUCGGCUGUGAUCUGACAGAAUAUCUGGAGAGCUCAGGACAAGAUGUUCCCCUAGUGCUGAAGAGCUGUGCAGAGUUCAUAGAGACCCACGGAAUUGUGGACGGCAUCUACCGGCUUUCUGGUGUGGCAUCCAACAUUCAAAAACUGAGACAAGAAUUUGGCUCAGAUCAAUGCCCGGACCUGACAAAGGAAGUUUACCUUCAGGACAUUCACUGUGUGGGGUCGCUCUGCAAGUUAUACUUCCGGGAGCUGCCCAACCCCCUCCUCACAUAUGAACUUUACAAGAAAUUCACGGAGGCAGUGUCGUGCUUCCCGGAGGAAGAGCAGUUGGCCCAAAUUCAGAAUGCCAUCCAGGAACUUCCACCAUCUCAUUACAGGACCCUGGAAUACCUGAGCAAGCACCUGACACUUCUAGCAUCCCUCAGCAACAUGACCAACAUGCACACCAGGAACCUGGCUUUAGUGUGGGCACCCAAUCUCCUCAGGUCAAAGGAGAUUGAGGCUGUGGGCUGCAAUGGAGAUGCAGCUUUCCUGGAGGUGCGAGUUCAGCAGUUGGUGAUUGAGUUUAUACUGAAUCAUGUAGAGGAAAUCUUCAAUGACAGUGGCUGUGCCAGGCCAAAGGAGAAUGAGGAGAAUAAGCCUGCUGUGAAGAGCCUGACUCUGCCCUCCACCUCUCUGCCAAUGAAACUGGUGAGCCUGGAAGAGGCUCAGGCCCGAAGCCUCUCAGCCUGCCACCCUGCCCGGAAAGAACGAAGGGAGAACAGCUUGCCAGAAAUUGUUCCAGUCACAGGCUCCUUCUAUCAUACUGUCCUUGACCUUCCUGACAGCAAAAGAAAAUUAUCCACCAAAUCCAAGAAAUGGAAAUCAAUCUUCAACUUGGGACGGUCUGGAUCAGAAGCAAAGACUAAACUGAGCAGAAAUGGAAGUGUGUUUGUACGGGGGCAGAAACUCUCUGAAAAAGCUACCAUUCGGCCAGCUAAAAGCAUGGACUCUCUUUGUUCACUUCCAGUAGAAGGAGAUGAUGAAAAGAGCCACUUCAAGCGUACAGUUAUGGCUGGAGGGUUUUUUAUUCCAGUGAUGAAACCACGGAUGGGAGGUCCAAGCAGUAGCUCUGACCUCAGCAAGCAGGGAACUGAGUGGGACACAAAGGGUGCUAUGAAAGGGGCAGAGGGUGGGGCUGAAGAUGGUGGAAAGAAUGAUGUUCCUCGGCCUACCCAAAUGAGACCACUUCCUGAGCAACUAAAGGUGUUCCGGGCCAUAGAAGACCCUGAGAAUGAGCAGACCUCCCCAAAGAUGUGCCGCAUGUUCUAUACUUCCAAUGAUGGGGCAGCCAAAUCAGGAUUCCAUGGGACUCUCUUCCCUUUAGAAGCCUCCCCACGGCACCAACGGAAGGCCUUAAACAUCUCAGAGCCCUUUGCUGUCUCAGUGCCCCUCCGGGUGUCUGCAGUCAUCAGUAUUAAUAGCACCCCUUGCCGCAUGCCUGCUAAAGACAAGUCUACCCUCUCCAGUUUGCAAGAAUCUUCUUUCUUGGGGCUGGAGAGUGCAGUUUCUACACCCACUGAAGGGGAAAACCAGGCCAGUUCAGAGCUUGUCACAUUCAAGGAAGAAAAGAAGUCUGAGACCAAAGCAUCAACAGAUCCUGCUAUUGAGGAACUCACAGUGACCAAGAGCGUGGAGUCUGCAGGUGCCUCUCCACCAACAACAAAACUUCAGGAGACAAAAAGUGGUGGCAGCAGCCAAGCUUCAGAGGAAAUGCAAAGCCUGGAAGAGAAGCCACUCAUCAAGUUCCCAGCAAGCCAGGAGCAGGCAGACAAAGCAAGCCAGGGCCAUCUUGGAGAUAAUGAUAGGCCAAAACAAGGCUGCGAGCAACAGAAUGUGGUGAGGGAUGAAGUGGAGGAUACCUCACAUCUAAAGGGACUGACUCAUGAAAAUCAUCCCAGUGCCCUAAUGGAACCACUAUGGCCAGAAAUUCAGCAAGAGCUGAAAAUAGUUGAAUCUGAAGAGGAGCUAUCAUUUGCUGCACCUAUUUCAGAAACAGGCAAGAAAGAAUUUAAACCUAGCCCUGCAUCAGUGUUACUUGCAGAAGCAAACAAUGUAGCAUGUGAUUCUGUUCAGUCUCUGACACCAUCCAAAGAAGAAAACAUGCUCAGAAACUCACCAGCUGUGCCUCACAUUCCUUUGGUUAUGACUCCAUCCAAAGGAUCAAAGGACUCACCUGCUUGUGACUCUGAACCAAUCAGAAAGGAUGGUGCUGCUUCAGACUUAGUAAACCUGGAAAAUAUUCCAUGUGGGACACCUUGUCCAAAGGACUGUCAAGAAAUGGAGAAUGCCAAGAGUGAUCUAGCACCUCAGUCCCAAGAGAGGAAACUUCCAUCAGAACCACAAGAUGACACACGUCUUUCAAGAGAUGAUAAACCAUGUCCCAAAGAAAAGCAUUUAAACCAACCAGAAUGGGAAAAUAGCAGUUGGAUUCUUCAGAGAAAGAAAGAAGGUGUAGCUGUUACCCAGGCAGAGAAAAGUGAUGAAGUGUUUUCUGAAAGAAAGGGCCUGGUCAAUUCAAAGACCUCAAGUGGAGUUGGAGCCUAUCCUUUCAAGGAAGGUGGAAUGAAUGAUCAAUCCCAAGACUCAUUUGACCAGCAAGAGGAAGAUACGUGGGUGGACCAUGUCCAGAGCUUAGAGUUAGUAGAGCCAUGGGAAGAUCACCAGUGGGUCACCAGCCCCCUCCAUUCCCCCACCUUGAAAGACACAAAAGGAAAAGUAUUACAGGAGUUUCAGCCCCAGAGCCUAGGAGUGGUGCAAAGCCACUUUAGGAAGCCAUGUUUCAGUCGUAGCUUUUCCUUAGACAGUAAAGAUUUUGUGAAGAGGCACUGUGCUAUCCCAUUGCCUUCUGCAAGUGCAGAUGAGGAACAUCUUUUUGAUGCCAUCCAAGCAAGCAUCAGUGAGCCCUCACAAGCACAGUGGAGAGAAACAGGCAGAGUAGAAGCCUGGCUGAAUCUUUUAGAGGAAACUUCUAAACCAGAUGGACGAAACAGGAAAGAUCUGAACCAUGAGGAAGACUUUGUAGCUAGCAAGUUGUCAUCAAGUCAGGAAGGACUGUACUCUGUCACUCACAAAGGGUCAGCUGAGAAGGAAGUGAAUGAGAACAAUGACAACCAAGAAGCCUUGAAACUGGAGUCUUCUUUACCACAAUGCAAUACAGGAAAUAGCGUAUUAUGUUCAAGCAGCCUAGAGAAAGAUAUACAAGAUGCACCAUAUGUUCAGCAUGCUGACAGCCCUGGAAUUGCUGCCUCAAAGGAUCUAUGUUCUGCCAAAGAAUCUCAGGCUAACAAAGAUGAAGACAUCCCACGGAAAGGGAGAACAAGGCCCUCAUCUCUCAAUCUGGAUUCUGUCCUUCCAGCUGCAAGCCUUUUUAAUUUUGAGAGUCUUUCUGUGCCCAAUCCACCCAGGCACUUCCUCUGUGGGCAGAAAGAAGUUAAAACUAGUGAUUCUGUCCCAUCACUUCCUGUUGCUUGCCCAAACAAGAAUGAAGCUGACCUUUGGGGUUCUCAUUUUGAUCCCCAGGACUUAGACCUGGACUAUAUAAUGAUGGCUCAUGCGGCCACUGGUCGCCGUAAUUCUGCUCCAGUGAGUGUCUCAGCAGUGAGAACCUCAUUCAUGGUUAAGAUGUGCCAGGCUAGAGCUGUGCCAGUUAUUCCACCCAAGAUCCAGUACACUCAGGUCCCCCAGCCCCUGCAGACACAGAACCCCAACUGCAGGAUACAUUUGGCACAUGAGAAUAAAGAAGCAGAAGCCAAUGUUGGCCAACGCAAGCCAACUCAAAACACUCAGGGCCAGCUGCAAGCCCCAAAGAGUCCACUGGCAGAUAGGAAGGGGAAGGAAAACAACAAUGCAGCCUUUAUGGAUUCAACAGCAACUAGAAAGGCAGAGCCAUUCUGCUCCAAUCAUAUUCCUACCCAGGAUGCACCAGUACUCCGUAGAAAACGCACUUCUGAAGGAGAAACUACUGAAGAUAAUCCACAGUCCUCAAAAAUGGAGAGACCAUCAGGGGUUUCCAAGCCUUCUUACAGAUCUCGACCAGGAAGACCUCAGAGCCUUAUACUAUUCAGUCCUCCCUUUCCCAUUAUGGACCAUCCCUCUUCCUCUGCAGACUCCAGAUUGUUGCUUUCUCCCAUAAGAAGUCCCUCAGAGACUCCCUCUCCAAGCCCCAUUUCCAGUGAUUUGUCAGGGACAUCCUCAGAGGGGGUCACCCUUCGGAACAAGAUGACCAUUCCAAAGAAUGGCCAAAGACUAGAGACUUCCACAAGUUGUUUUUACCAACCCCAGAGGAGGUCUGUUAUUCUGGAUGGGAGAAGUGGAAGGCAGAUAGAAUAAUUCCCAUUCAAUCUCUUCACAUCUCUUCCCUGGUGGAUGAGAUUGAAGUAGUCAUUUAGAAAACUGUGGUGGUGGUGGUGGUGGUGAUAGUGAUAAUAUUGCUAAACACAUACUACUCAAAUAGUACUUACUUGUCAAUUCCACCAAUUCCUUACCUGUCACUUCUAACUGGUAGAAUGUUCAGUGGAUUUGGCUUUGAGUCCAUUUUGGAAAAAGGUGUGUCAGUGAGAACAAAGUUUUGUCAAAAAGAAAGCAGCGAUCAGUCUCUGUUGCCCUGACCAAAGUUACCCACACUCUCAUUCACUCUCAUUCUUCCUCUUCCAAGCAACAGUCAAGAAUUGCAAGAAUAAUCUCAGAAACGUAUGCCUGGCUACAGUUGCACUUCUUUCCAUGUUCCUGCUUGUCAUGUCCUUGCCGAUCUUGGUUUGUCACAUUCCUGGAAUCCCUGGCCACAAGACCAGAUGGUUUUCUUUUACUUUACCAUUUGCUUAUGUAUGGACUUAGAAAGAGCAUUGUCAUGAGUUUUAUGUGUGUGAUGGGCACUCAGAUAAGUGGUUUGCAAAGAGUGCUAAUGCAUUUGAUAACAAAACGUUACCGUAUUUUUCGCUCUAUAAGACGCACAUGACCAUAAGACGCACCUAGUUUUUAGAGGAGGAAAACAAGAAAAAAAAAUAUUCUGAAUCAAAUGGUUUACUAAACUAUUUACUAAACUAUA